GACAGAGGUCAAAGUCAAACUAUAUUUCCACCAAAUUUCCUUAAUUUCUUUCUUCUUUUUAAUAAAAUUAAGGUUUCGAACUGGAGAAGACAACAAUGGCGGAAACCAAAGAAAAAGUAAUCAUAUUCCCAUUCAUGGCUCAAGGCCAUAUAAUCCCCUUCUUAGCCUUAGCUCUCCACAUCGAACGCCAAAAAGGGUUCAACGUAAUUUUCCUAAACACUCCAUUAAACAUCAAAAAGCUCCGAUCUUCACUCCCACCUGAUUCCACCAUUCGCCUCCUCGAAAUCCCUUUCACUAGUUCCGAUCACGGCCUCCCUCCCAACACCGAAAACACCGAUGUUCUCUCUUACACCAAUGUCUUCCGUCUUCUUCAGUCCUCAAUUUCACUCAGACCUCCUGUUGAGAAAAUCCUAAAAGAUCUCAUCAGAGAAAACCCUAGCCGAAAACCCCUUUGUUUCAUCGCCGAUAUCUUUUUCGGGUGGACGGCCGCCGUAGCUAAGGAAAUGGGUAUUUUCCACGCUUUCUUUAGCGGCUGUAGUGGGUUUGGUUUGGCUUGUUAUUACUCCCUUUGGUUGAAUCUUCCUCACCGGAAAGUUGAUUCCGAUGAGUUUUUGUUGCCGGAUUUUGAGGAAGCUUCGAUCUUUCAUGUUUCCCAAUUGCCUUUGAAUAUUUUUGAAGCUGAUGGGAAUGAUCCUUGGUCGAAAUUCCAAUUGGGAAAUCUCUUAUCUUGGGUUGAUUCAAAUGGGGUUUUGUUUAACACCAUUGGAGAGUUUGAUCAAUUGGGAUUACUUUAUUUUAAGAGAAAACUCAGUAAACCGGUUUGGCCAAUCGGACCGGUUCUUUUGCCAUCGGAAAGUAGAGCAAAACAGAAUGAGUUUACAUCAAAGCUUUGUAGAGAUUGGCUCAAUUCAAAGGCUUUAAAUUCAGUUCUAUUUGUGUCAUUUGGAUCUAUGAACACAAUCUCAGCUUCACAGAUGAUGCAAUUAGCUAUGGCUUUAGAGAAAAGUGGUAAAGAUUUCAUUUGGGUAGUUAGACCUCCUAUUGGUUUUGACAUAAACUCGGAAUUCAGAGCUCAAGAAUGGUUGCCUAAAGGGUUUGAAGAAAGGGUUUCGAGUAGAGGAUUGUUGGUACAAACAUGGGCACCACAAGUGGAGAUUCUUUCACACAAAGCGGUUUCGGUGUUUUUGACUCAUUGUGGUUGGAACUCGGUGUUGGAGGCUCUUAGCAAUGGCGUGCCAAUGCUCGGUUGGCCUAUGGCGGCUGAGCAAUUUUUCAAUGCUGUGUUGCUUGAGAAGGAGAUUGGGGUUUGUGUUGAAGUGGCUAGAGGGAAGAAGUGUGAGGUUAGGUGUGAAGAUUUAGCAGAGAAGAUUGAGUUGGUGAUGAAUUUCGAUUCGGAGAAAGGGAAUGAAAUGAGAAGGAAAAGUUUUGAGGUUAAAGAGAUGAUUGAGAAUGCUAUGCGAAAUGAGAUUAAUGGUCUUAAAGGGUCUUCUUCUCAAGCAUUGGAUGAGUUUUUUAGUGCUGCAAUGGCUGCUAAGAAUGGUGAAAAGGUUCCAAUAAUAUCAUGAUAGACCUUUGUUAAUAAUAUCAAAAUCUUGUUUAAGAUAAAAAUCAAAACAACUUGGGAUAGUGCUUAAAUUGUUUUAUGUUCUAAAUCCCAAUGUUGUACUUGUAUUAUUAUUAUUAUUAUUAGGGUGUGUAUUUAUUUGGUAUUCUAUGUUUUAUAUAAACACAAAUUUAGUAA